CGCCUUAUAGGCUCGGGUUUCAUCCAUACAGUUGGCUGUGAUUGUUCCCUCUCUCCCUCUCUCUUUGUUCAAUGGGCCUGCACUGUACUCGUACUUAUUGAUGGGUGGUUCACCCCCCCCUCCCUCAAAGGCCGACCUGCUGUCAUCAUGCUUUUUGAUUAUUUCUGCCCGUCACCCCUCUCGCUUCUCCUCCUCUCUCCAUUCGUUCGUUACUUCCCUUGAUCUCUUCGCCUUCUUUUCUCCCACGAGUUCCUUUCUUUGAUAUCCCGCUUUCCCCGUUGAGCCUUUCCUUCUGCAACUUCAAGAAAGCCUCUUGCUCUCAUCUCGACCUGCACCCCACCAACCCCUCCUCUGGGAGCACAUAUUAAUCGAGAGAGAACCGCCCACUUUAUUGCGACGGCCGGAUCCUGUCGGAGCCGAAUCUUCUUACAAUGGCUUCGUCACUGCGUGCAAAGUACAAGCGCCCCUCCCCCCUCAAAAUCAAGAAGCGCCUCCCGGAGCCACGUUCAUCCAUACUUUCCACUCUCCCCGACACCGUCUAUCACCCGGAGGACGACGAGAUAGAUGAUUUGGACGACCCCAGCACACCUGAAACACCUAACGAUGCCGCUGGUAUGUUCAGAGGCUAUUCGCCUUCGAGCUCGUCGAGCUCUCUCAGUGCCCGCGAGAUCAGCCCUCCUAUUACUCCGACGAACGAGGUGUAUCAUGGAAGGAAAAUCAAGAGAAAGGGUUCCAGUGCAAAUAUGCGUGGGAGCCCUGGUAUUAACUACUCAAAUAAAGCCCGUCUCAGCAAAUAUGCUCAUCAGGCGCCUACAACUCCGACUACUCCUCUGGUGAGUACUUCUGCACACCAUGUCCCUUCACAUUGAGGUUUUUAUCGUUUUUGUUUUUGUUUUUGUUCUACUCUUUUUUCUUUCGCUUUUCAUUUUUCCUGCCGAUUUUUAUCGAAUGGUUCGAUUGGAUCGAUCGUUGAAUGCUAAUUCGUGGUUAUCCGUGACUCAGUCUGGUCUCGAUGCUUUUCCCGCGAACAUCCAUGCUGUUGUUACGCCCGCGAUGACACCUGUGAGCAAUAAUAUGGCGGAGUUCGAAACUGUGCCCAUCCAAUUUGCGCCCUCGCGCCCUUCGACGGCCCCCGAGCCGUAUAAAAUCAUCAUUGAUGAACGUGUGGCUUCUCCUAAAUCUAGCAGUGUUCUGGGGAUCGGCAUGAAGACUCCUCUGCGCAGACGUGGACAUCUUUCUCAACAAACGCUGCCUAAAAAGCCUGCUGAACCAAUCCUGGGAGAUUGGGACGUCUCCGACGACGAGUUUGAGAGACCUCCACAACAGUUGGAGCCCAGCCCGUGGCCCGCGUUGCAGAUUGUCAGAAAAUCUUCCGCUCCAGCUAUUCUUUCCUGUAAGGGCGUGGAGGAGACCGGCACUCUCGACUCGAUAUCCGAUACCACAUCUGAGCGGAACUGCACGUGCGGGGUCCCGCUGCUGAACCUGGAUUCGAGUAGUGACAACACAUCGGUCCCUUCGAUCCAUGGGAAUAUCAUUGAGGAGGAUGAAGAUGAAGAUGGAGCGGGCGUGGUGAUCGACCAGCCGGCAGAACCGGUUGAAGUACCGGCCGAAGAGGUCAUUGAGCAGGUUGUUGAGGUGCAGGAUGAAGAGAAGGCAAGGGCCAGGAUUCUAUCGCAACCAAUGUACAGUCAAUCCGUUGUCGAUGUCAUCGGUCCAGCCGGUUCUCCCAAGAAAUCGCCCUUUGCUUUUGGUGGCCACCAGGAUAUAGAACUCCCUCAACGUUCACCCUCCGCUCCGGUAGUAGCAACAUCCAUGUCAACAGUUUCAUUCGAUACGUCUGAAGACUUCCCGGUCAUGUUCUCUGAGCUGCCGGUUGACGAAACGGAGAUUUUUAACAUCAUCCCGAACGAAUAUAUUAUGGCUGACGUUCUUGGCAAGGACCUCGAGGAGCUCAACAACCCUGAUUAUCAUAUUCCUCCAGCCUGCGAGGAGUACGUGGUUCAUCCCAGCUGGCAGCAAUUUGACGAAGACGAGCACAAAUUAGCAACUGUCACUCAGAGCAAGACCGGUCUUGAUGAGUUGGUGGGAAUGAUGGAUCCUGAUUCUCCUAUUGCAAAAGGUUUCCGUGAGAGGUAUAAUAGCACACCUUCAAUACCUACAACAGAAUUGGUCGUUCCUUCCCCGGCGUCCCUCCGCCCGGGUUCCCGCUGGUCAGACUAUUCCGUCGACGAGGACGCCAAGGAGAGCUGGCGCACCUCCGUCGUGAACCGCUUCCAUCUUCCCCGCGUGGGGAUGGACCUAAAGAGAGCUGUCGCUGCCGCUAAGGGCGGUAUAAUCAACCGUCGUGCCAAGGCGGCCGCAGAGCCAUCCCUAGUAGAGGAAGAAACUAUGAGCAUCCAUGGCGGCAGUCCCUCACCCAGGAACUCCAUGGCAACAGAUACCGACAGCAUCACCGAGACAACGAUUACCGCUAUUACCGGUCCUCCCCCAAACAACCGAAACUCCACCGCCUCUUCCGGCAGCGGAUUAACCGGAUUCAAGAUGGGACGAAUCGGCUCCGGUGGCUCGAUCAGGCAUGGAAGGGCGGCAUCUAUUAGGACCGUUGCCACUGGGCGAACGGCGACUAUCCGAGGGGCAUCCUCUGAUGAGGAGCUCUCGGAUGACGAACGCAGGGCUAAAGCCGGCUUCAAAGGUGUUUUCGAAAAGUAUGUUGUUCGCGAUACGAAAAGGCGCAAAGAGGAUAAACGGAGGGAAGAAUUGAAAAGGACAAUCAGAGUUGUCGGUGGUGGGAAGGGCGGCGAUUGGAUUUGAGACUGAUGGAUUUGUUUUCCUUUGGCUUUUCUUAUUCCCUUAUUUAUCUGGAGCGUUGGUUACUUGUUAUUUUUAUUUUUAUUUUUUUUUACUUCUCGCAAAUUUCGCUCUCGGUUCGUUUCUCAUUUGCAUUAUACACGGUGGGUCCUUAACGACGUCAAUGCCAUUCACGACUUUUACGAGAUCGACGAUUUUUUUCGUUUUAUCAUUCCAUUUUUCUCUCACGAUGUUUAUGCAGGUUACGAGUCUUCUUCUUCUUUUUUUGUCUGGUCUGGUUUGGUAUGGUUGUGCUGGGUAGCAUAGUUUAGCUUAGUUUAGUAUAGUAUCGUCAUUAGACCUGGAAGGGAGUGGGUGAUAGGAGCAGGGGGUGGAUUGUUGUUUGAGGAAAAGUUAUUGCUAUUGUCGUUAUUGCUGUUGAUUGAGUUAGUUCGGUGGAGAAGACAUAUAAAAAGAAGCUUGUGUGCAUGCAUGCGCAUAUGUUAAUGUCAUGGGGCCAUUAUCUGCCGUUCCUAUU